CGUGUGCCAGUAUCUCCAGCGUCUCUAAAUGAUCUUCUCUCUUCAGGCCCUCAGUGAUGACUCUGCUUCUCAUUACCACACUGCUGUUCUCAGGUCUGUGCAGUCUCUCCUCCUGUGUGCCACGUCAGUUCCAUGUGGUGAAGGAGGAAAAGAACUGGACAGAAGCUCAGCGCUACUGCCAAGAAGAGUUCACUGACCUCGCCACCAUAGACAACAUGUGGGAGAUGGAGAUGUUAAAUAGCACAGUUAAUGAAACAGGGGGGAACUCCACACAUCCCUAUGUGCUGGUUGUUGCUUUUAAUAAGAAAUGGACAGAUGCUCAGAGAUACUGCAGAGGGAAUCAUACAGACCUGGCCAGUGUGAGGAAUGAGGCUGAGAAUGAGAAGAUAAACACAAUCCGAGGGUCUACCGAUAAAGCCUGGAUUGGCCUGUUCAGAGAUUACUGGUCGUGGUCAGAUGGCAGCACCUCCUCAUUCCGCCACUGGGACACUGGAAAACCCAAUUAUGGCGUCAGUUCGUCUGGGUUCUGCGCUCAAAUUACUUCCAGUGGUCAGUGGAACGAUUUACCCUGCCACAAUCCUUCAAACUUCAUUUGCUAUGAGGACAAACUGGUUCUGGUUCCUGAGAAUAAGACCUGGAUAGAGGCGCUGCAGUACUGCAGAGAGCACCAUGUGGACCUGGUGUCUGUGACCUCCGAGCGGAUCCAGCGCUGGGUGAAGGAGCGGGCUAAAGGAGCCUCCAGUACUUACGUGUGGCUGGGCCUGCAACACUCCUGCUACAUGGGCUUCUGGUUCUGGGUCAACGGAGAGUUGGUCUGCUACAACAACUUGGCCCAAGGGGGAGAGACAGGGCAGGACUGCCAGAGUGCCAGAGUGGGGGCAGUGGAGUCUGGAGGAGACGGGGUGGGAAGGUGGGUCAUGCUUCCAGAGACCGAGAAGCUCAACUUUAUCUGCACCACUAAGUGUUACGCUUCAGCUGGAAAAGGACCCAAUCGCAGACCAGAUCAUGAGGAGGCUGUUCAUGUUAAACAUACAGGAGACCAACAGGAGGAGGUGCCACAUCAGCUCUGA